AUGAUACCCCCUCCUGCAACUUACUUUGAGAAGGAUACAUUUUCUCAACGAUUUACCUACUCCGACCAUCCUGUUGCAUGUGCUGUUGCCAUUGAAGCCCUCAAGAUAUACAGGGAAAGAGAUUCCUUGGCAUGUGAGCAUCAUUGCACCAAGGUUCCAAGACGGACAAUGGCUAUCAACGUAUCGGACCAAGAACCAUGGGAGUCAUGA